GCGGCGGUGCGCGCGCAUCUCCAAGGCAACGGCCGGGGGCUCUCGGCCGCCGUCGGAGCCCCGGGCGUCGCCAUGGAAACGCGGCCCAUAGCGACGGGGCCCCCGCGGCCCCCGCCCCGCCCCAAGAUGGCCGCCGCAGGGCGGGGGCGACGCUGUGCGGGCGCGGGGGGCGGUGGCUCGGGGGCGGCGGAGGGCGACGGGAGGCCGCCGGAGGUCAGUGCGGGGCCGCCGGGGGUCGCGGCGAGGUCACGUGACGGCGGGGGUGCGACGUCCGCCGGUUUGGGGCCGGUUGACCCCCAUUUGGGGUCGACGGAGGCCGACGUGGGCUCAGCGGGGGUCAGCGUGGGGUCACGUGGGGAUGGGGGGUCGACGUCCGGCAGCGUGGGGUCAGCGUUGGCCAAUCAGGAGGCAGAACGCAGCCGGGGGUCCGCGGCGGCCAUCUUGGGGUCAAAGGGCGCCGCUGUGGGGUCGCUGUCGGCCAAUGAAGGCCCAGCAGCCUCCAAGGUGGGACCGGAAGUGGGCGCGGCGGCCAUCUUGGUGUCUGAGCCAGCCAAUGGGAGCGCUGCGGGGUCAACUUCCGCCAUCUCGCGGGCGAAGUCAACCAAUGAGAGUGCUGAGAAGUCGGCGUCGGCCAUCUUGGUGCGUGAAUCAACCAAUGGGAGCGCUGCGAGAUCGACGUUGGCCAUCUUGUUGGCAAGGUCAGCCAAUGAGAGCUCAAUGAGGGCAACGCCUGCCGUGUUGGCUCCAGAAUUGGCCAAUCAGAGCUCUCCGAGGUCAACACCCGCCAUCUUGGGGUCAAGGUCAGCCAAUGAGAGCGCAGCGAGGUCAACGCCCACCAGUUUGGGGUCAAAGGUGACGACCCCCACCCCCAUGACGGCCAGCUUGGAUCCGACAUCCGCCAUCUUAGGGUCAAAGGUCACGACCUCUACUCCAAUGUCGGCCAUCUUGGGGUCAAAGGUGACGACCCCCAACCGCCCAUCAGCCAUUUUGGACUCCGAGACCCCCACCCCAACGUCAACAACUUUGGGGUCAAAGGUCAUGACCCCCACCCCCCCGUCGGCCAUCUUGGACUCCGAGACCCCACCGUCGGCCAUCUUGGGGUCAAAGGUGACGGCCCCCACCCCAACGUCAGCCAUCUUGGACUCUGAGACCCCACCGUCGGCCAUCUUGGGGCCAAAGGAGACGACCCCCACACCGCCGUCAGCCAUCUUGGACUCUGCGACCCCAACGUCGGCCAUCUUGGGGUCAACAGAGAUGACUCCCACCCCAAUGUCGGCCAUCUUGGACUCCGAGACCCCAACGUCGGCCAUCUUGGGGUCAACAGAGAUGACCCCCACCCCAACGUCGGCCAUCUUGGACUCCGAGACCCCACCGUCGGCCAUCUUGGGGUCAAAGGAGAUGACCCCAACCGCCCCGUCGGCCAUCUUGGACUCCGAGACCCCCACCCCAACAUCGACGACUUUGGGGUCAAAGGAGACGACCCCCACCCCCCCGUCGGCCAUCUUGGACUCCGAGACCCCAACGUCGGCCAUCUUGGGGCCAAAGGAGACGACCCUCACCCCCCCGUCGGCCAUCUUGGACUCCGAGACCCCCACCCCAACAUCGACGACUUUGGGGUCAAAGGAGACGACCCCCACCCCCCUGUCGGCCAUCUUGGACUCCAAGACCCCACCGUCGGCCAUCUUGGGGCCAAAGGAGAUGACCCCCACCGCCCCGUCGGCCAUCUUGGACUCCGAGACCCCACCGUCGGCCAUCUUGGGGUCAAAGGAGAUGACCCCAACCGCCCCGUCAGCCAUCUUGGACUCCGAGACCCCACCGUCGGCCAUCUUGGGGUCAAAGGAGAUGACCCCCACCGCCCCAUCGGCCAUCUUGGACUCCGAGACCCCCACCCCAACAUCGGCGACUUUGGGGUCAAAGGAGAUGACCCCCACCCCCCUGUCGGCCAUCUUGGACUCCAAGACCCCACCGUCAGCCAUCUUGGGGCCAAAGGAGACGACCCCCACCCCCCCGUCGGCCAUCUUGGACUCCGAGACCCCCACCCCAACAUCGUCGGCCAUCUUGGACUCCGAGACCCCACCGUCGGCCAUCUUGCCCCCAACACCUUCGGCCAUCUUGGAGCCCCCCGAAUCCACCCCUACCGCACCAACGGCGCUAUGGGACCCCACGGAACCCCGAUGCCCCCCAGCGGCCAACGGCCCCACGCGGGGGUCCCACAGCAGCCUGGGGCCCGGCAUCCCCUCUCCGCGCUGUGGGGCGGACCCCGACUCGGUCAGCGUCCUCUCGGGGUCUCUCAGCUCCUUCCCCGACGACGUCAGCUCCGUGGGGUCGGAUUCGGAGUUGGGGGGUCCCACGUUCCGCCGCACCGACCGCUACGGCUUCCUGGGGGGCAGCCAGUACUGCGAGACGCCGGAGAGCUCAGUGCCGGUGGAUGUGGCGCGGCAGAGGGAGCUGAAGUGGCUCGAGAUGUUCUCCCAUUGGGACAAAUGGCUGACCCGGCGCUACCAGAAGGUGAAGCUGCGGUGCCGGAAGGGCGUCCCGUCGUCGCUGCGCGCCCGCGCGUGGCAGCUGCUGUCCGGCAGCCAUGAGCUGCAGAUGCACAACCCCGGGAGGUUCCAGGAGCUGGAGCGGCAGCCGGGCGACGCGCGUUGGUUGGACGCCAUUGAGAAGGACCUGCACCGCCAGUUCCCCUUCCACGAGAUGUUCGCCGCCCGCGGGGGGCACGGGUGAGGCCACGCCCACUUCCGGCCACGCCCACU